AUGAUAAAGAUUUUAAUAAUAAAUACUGCACGUAUACCAAUAGCAGGAUAUUUCAAUCCAUUUGUUGAAGAAGAUCAAUCUCCAAUAGAUGAUAAUAUUUCAAAAAAUGAAUCACAUGCACUUGUUAAUAUGCCUUCUCUUGAUUCAAUUCAUGAUCAUGUUCAUCAUUCAAUAGAAACGAAUGAAACAGUUUCUAAUAUAAAUGAUACACAAUUAGAAAAAGCUGGUCCAUCAUUAGAUAUGAUUGAUUCACAUCCACAUUCACAUGAAGAUAAUAAGACAUCUAUUAUUGAAGCUGCAAAACGUUUAUUAAUACAACCAUCAAUUGAUUUUCUUGAUGCACAAUUACAUGGUGGAGAAACUCAUAUUCAUGAUAAAAAUCAAACUAAUAAAGAAGCAGCUGAUUUAAAUGAUUAUCAUCGUUGGUUAAACGAACAAAAUGAUACAAAUCAAUUAAGUCGUUUUUUAUUAUUACAAAAAGAAGUUGAUAAAUUUAAAUUUGUUGAUACACAAAAUUUACAUGAUAAACUUAAUCGAACAAUUCAAGAAUUACAAUCAACUAUUAAAGCAAGACAACGAACAAAACAUGACUUGUAG